CAAUCUCGCAAUAACAGAUCAGAGAUCCAUGAUGAGCAAAGCGUCGACAUGUCAAAGCGAGUCCAAAAGUCACGGCUCUGCAAGUUUCUGGUUCCGUUUGCAACCACAGACUCAAAGCAAUGCAUUCUGUCACUUAGUUCUGUCAACCUGGCGUCCUUUUUUCCUGGAACACUGACCUCAGGACCAUAUAUGAACAGAGGCGAUACGGCAGUCAGGAACAUAGUAAGCGGGCAUGGGCACUGCUAGCGCGCAAGUAGAAUACCAGGUCUCCUCCCACCGGAAGUCACCGGGCUAAGAGAAAAAGGGGGUUGUACGUUGUCAUAUCAGCCGGGCCGUAGAAUCGAAAAAAGAAGAAAAUCAGCAAUCCUUGAGAAGAAGGAAAGAAAGAGAUUUGGGUGAGGGGUAUAUAAAUGGUGAGUACAACG